CUAACAAGCGGUAAAAAGAUAGCAUGUGAUCAUUUUCGGAUCAACCUCUAAUAAUUUUUUUGACAAUAAUAAUUGAAGUGAUUGGAAAUACCACUCCAAAAGAUUUUCACAAACACCCGAAGCACCAACCAGAGCAGGCUGUUCUUUCUAACUGUCAUAGGUAGCUGCUAUUAAGUGAAAGUGGUGCAACACCUCCGCCUCUCUAAUGGUCCUCUGUCUGUCUCGCUCUCUUCUCCGAGGGAUGGACAACCAGACGGUUCUGGCGGUCCAGUCGCUGUUAGAUGGCCAGGGAGGAGUGCCUGACCCAAACAGCCAGAAUGUCUCUGGGACCUCAACCAUCCAGUCCAUGGACGACGAAGACGUCUUCCUCUGUGGAAAGUGUAAGAAACAGUUCAACUCCCUGCCUGCCUUCAUGACACACAAGAGGGAGCAGUGCCAGGCCAACUCCCCCUCCCUCUCCACAGUCUCCCUGGCAUCCAGCAAUGCCUACACCCCCGUACCCUCCAUCAGCACCGGGCCACAGACGCCUGCCAACAGACAGGUGUCCACCUACAUCACUGUGCCUCCGUCCCCCCUGACCCACACCCUGGUCCAGGGGAAUGUCCUGGUCAGUGACGACAUCCUCAUGUCGGCCAUCUCUGCCUUCACCUCCAUCGAUCAGCCCAUGGCCGCCAUGCAGCCAUCCAUACAGAGUAAUCUGAGUAUGCACACAGGUGUGUCGUACCUGCAACAUCACCACCACCACCAUCACCACCACCACCACCAACAACCCCAGCAGCAGCAACAGCAGCAGCAGCAGCAGCAGCAACAGCAGCAUCAGCAACAGUCCCAUCCUCUCCCAGGGUCGGCCCAAUCUCAGCCCCUCUCCUCUCAGGUGCCCUCCAGCCACAGCAACUCUGUUGUUCAGGUCUACAGCACACUGCCCCCUAUGGCCGGGGGCGGCGGUGCAGAGAUUCCAACCCUGGGCUUGCAGCAGUUCCAGUCUGUUCAGGUGCCCAGCCAGUGCGUGGACAGUCAGUCGUUCACCACUCCCCCAGUCUACAGCCCAGGGAAGCAGGGCACCAAGGCCAAGACCUGCAGCAUCACUGCCAACCUGGCUGAGCUGGGGGAGUUUGAGAAGGUAAUCAUCCCCAAGCGACCACGGAACGACAAGAAAGGGCCAGACGGAGCCACAGAACAACUCAAAGGAAAAGGCCCGAAGCUCAAAUGCAACUUCUGCGAAAAGAUCUUCACCAAGAACUUUGAUCUCCAGCAGCACAUCAGAAGCCACACAGGAGAGAAGCCCUUUCAGUGCAUCGUGUGUGGGCGGGCCUUCGCCCAGAAGUCUAACGUUAAGAAACACAUGCAGACACACAAGGUGUGGCCUCUAGGCGUGGCCAGCACGGUGUCCAGACUGCCAAUCACAGUCAAGGUGGUCCCACUCUGCUCAGAGGAGGAGGGGCAAGGGGAGGGGCUACAGCAGCAGACAGAGGAAGAGGCGGAGCAGCCAGAGGUUCCAGGAGAGUCCGAGGACAGGGAGAGUGACUCCCAGCCUGAAGGAGAUGGCAGCCAUGGGGAGGACAAGCAGAACGGCCUGCCCCAGUCCCAAUCCCAAGCUCAGGCCCAGGAAGCCCAGAACCAGACCCAGGUCCAGACAAAGCAGAUAGUCCUCAUCGACAGCUCCUACCAGUGCCAGUUCUGUGCCGGAAAGUUCAGCACCUACUUCCAGCUGAAGUCCCACAUGACCCAACACAAGGGGGAGCAGGUCUACAAGUGUGUGGUAAAGACGUGCUCCCAGACCUUCCAGAAGCUGGAGCAGUUCCUGGAGCAUAUCCGGUCCCACCAGGAGCAGCUGACGUACCGCUGCCACCUGUGCAGCAAGGUGUUCCCCUCACUGUUUGAGCUGGGGGUCCACCAGUACUCCCACUGCUUCUGCCCCCAGCAGAGCACCCGCAAGGAGCCCACCAUCUACAGGUGCAUGAAGUGCCAAAGCAGGUAUUCUACCCAGGAGGCCUUGGAGCAACACCUCCUGACCGCCUCCCACAACUUCCCCUGUCCUCACUGUCAGAAGGUGUUCCCGUGCGAGCGUUACUUCAGACGCCACCUCCCCACACACGGCGUGGGAGGCCGCUUCAAGUGUCAGAUCUGCAAGAAGGUCCUCAAGACGGAGCACUACCUCAAGCUCCACAUGCGGAUCCACUCAGGUGAAAAACCAUACAAAUGCUCCGUCUGUGAGGCAACGUUCAACAGGAAAGAUAAAGUCAAGAGGCACAUGCUUAUUCACGAACCCUUCAAGAAAUACAAGUGUCCGUUCCGGACACAUGUUGGGUGCACUAAAGAGUUCAACAGGCCCGACAAGCUGAAAGCACACAUACUGUCCCAUUCUGGUAUAAAACCAUACAAGUGCCUGUUCUGCCAGAAGGCCUUCAGCAGGCGUGCCCACAUGGUGGAACACCAGCAGUCCCACACCGACAACUACCGCUUCCGCUGCUCCGCCUGCAACAAGGGCUUCACCCGACACAACUACUACCGGGACCACAAGUGCCCCGCCGCGGGGGCCGACGGAGGGGAGAAGAGAGGGAGCAGGAAGAGGGGAGGGCCGCACAGCGACGAGAGCACCGACGUCAACCAGGACGAAGACGAGGAUGAGGAACAUGGCAGAGAGGAGGAAGAGGAUGAUGGAGAGGAGGAGGAGGAAGAAGAGACGGAAGAUGAUGGAGAGGAUCCUCAGGCGGUGAUGUCCAUCGCAACGGUUGAAGAUCAGGCGGAGGGAAGAGAGGAGGAACUGGAGAAUGCCGAGAGAUUAGAGCAGAGGCAGAGCACACACAGAGACUGUCUACAGCAGCCAUGUUUGUAGUCCAAACAGAUGACAAGUAGGCGUUUUAAAGUAACAAAAGGUUGCAGAUUACAGAUGAGAAAUUGGGCUUGUUUACACGAGUUGCUUGCAGUUGCAUCUCACUGACUAAGUCUAGUAGUGUGUAGGCUGGGAAUCAGGACGUAGAAAGCGUUUAAAAAAACAUUUCCAGUAAGUUUCUUUUGAUUUCUCGAGGGAAACAAUGACAAUACUAUUGUUGAUCAUGACUCUUACUACCUAUGGGUACCUAAUGCGUUGGGCAUAGCAAAGGCCCUUGACUGCAGUCCAAAGGAGUUAUCCCAGGCAGGGAUAAGCCAGUCUAGGACUAAGGUCCUCUUUCAAUGGAUAAUUGCUGACAUGUACCUCAGUUCAGGACUAGGUCUAAUGAAAUGUAUCAGGUCCCUUCGAUCAAAUGAAAAGCGGUAAAUUGUUGUUUUACAUUAAAACUUAUCGAAAUUCUGCGAUUUCUUUCGCAGCUAUUUAUUCGUGGUGGUCUGAACAAUGACUUUACCUCAACCAUAUCUGUGGCCAGAUGAGACAUGAUAGCUGCUGUCACUGCUGACGCACUUACUCUGUCCAUGUCUAGAUCAGUUUACCUUGUGAGAUGUAUUGUGUACAUUCCU